AUUAAUUAUCCCCCUCCCCCUUCCUCUUUCUCUUACUCGUCGGCUACAAUUUAUUUCUGCCGUUGAAAGUGCAACAGUGAUACCGCUCGACAUUCGUAGUCAUACGCAUAUGUAAUGUAGUGUAACAGUAGUAAUAAUAGUAAUGGUAGAGAGUAGUACCUUUUAUUUUAAGCUUAAGCAAUACUAUACCAUAUAUUUCUAUCAUCCUAUUCUUUUUAUUCACUUCAUUAAUCGGCGAAUGGCCCCUGGGCGGUUGUGGUUACAGAUAGGGAUGUCCGGAUGGCUGACUGGAGACUAUUCGCUAAGGUGUCAACCUGUAGACUACAGCAACAAACCCCAAAUACUAAGGAUGGUCCACGCUAGUUGGUGGUACUACUUCUCAAAAUUUACCGAAUUCAUGGACACGAUUUUCUUCGUGCUUCGAAAGAAGAACAAUCACGUGUCCACCCUGCAUGUGAUCCAUCACGGUUGCAUGCCUAUGUCGGUCUGGUUUGGUGUCAAGUUCACACCCGGCGGUCAUUCGACCUUCUUCGGCUUGCUCAAUACCUUUGUCCACAUCGUCAUGUAUACGUAUUACCUUCUGGCGGCGCUGGGUCCAUGGGUGCAACCUUACCUCUGGUGGAAGAAAUAUCUGACCGCCUUCCAAAUGCUGCAGUUUAUCGCAAUCAUGGUGCACGCCUUCCAGCUGCUUUUCAUCGAAUGUAACUACCCGAAAGCGUUCGUCUGGUGGAUUGGCAUGCACGCCGUCAUGUUCCUCUUCUUAUUCAAGGAGUUUUACCAACAGAGCUACCAGCAGAAGAAGCCCAGGAAGAACGGCGUGAUAGCGAAUGGCGUCAGCAAGAACCAUCAGUCCGCCGCCGACGGCUACGCGAAUGGCAUCGUUAACAACACCCUUAACGGUGUCGCGAACGGCGUCGCGACGAAUGGCGUCCUUACAAACGGCGUCGUCGCAAAUGGCUCAAGUAGGAGGGACGCCGCCGACUAUUACGUGAAAGGCGAAAGCCUAGCGGCGACAGAGCUCAACCUCCGAAAACCGUAUACAAUGACCGAAUAACCUAGUAGCGCUUAACCUAGUCGAUCCACUCGCCACGAUGUCGUAUUUUUUCUACGGGAUCGCCGAUGGAUCAGCGGGUCUUCUUUUCUCCGUCUCUGUUUUCCUCUCCCUCUUUUCUCCUAACCAUCCUCUCCUUUUGUUCCUUUCUUCUUAUCUAUUGCCUUCUUAUACAUAUCGUCACGAAGAGUCGAAACUCCAUCGAGAUCGACGCAUCCUUCGAGGAAAAAAGUACAAAAUUACGUCGCUUGCAUCUGACAUGCAGUACACAUCAAUGUUUCAUGACAAUUGCUUCCUCCUGGUUAGUUCUAGCUAGUUUUAGCUGGAUCCCGGAGCAGUCGCACGAUCGUAAUCGGGUGACGACGCAAAAGGAGUAGAUCAUAUCCUGGUGCUCCUGCGACGACUGACGCUCUUGAUCGUGAGACGAGCCGUUUGUCGUGAAAAUCGCGCAGAUUGAGUCAUAAGAUAUGAACGCUUUUGCGACUGCCAGGUGACUUUUGCGAACACCUGUCUUUCGCAGCAACGAGUGCGACAGUGUCGAAAAAACGAGAUGCCGCACGUGAGGGAUGAGUUUCUGUAGGAACAUAUUCAAUUAAUAUUUAAGUAUGAAUUUAGAUAAGGUGUUAAAUAUGAUUUUCGCAGGCCAAAUUCAAAAUAACUUGCAUUACUUCGCGGAAACGAACGGAUCGUUACAUGCCUUCACGAUUUUUUUCUUGGCCGAUUUUUAAUUUAUUUAUGUCUAUCUUUUUCUUCAAUGACACGAGACUAUUGAUUGCGAUCGAACUCAAUAUCGAUUAUAAGUUGUGAAAAAUAGUGAGAGAGGGGAAGAACGGCAAUUUAGGAAUUUAUUGGUCGAUCUUCCAUGGAAUCCCAAAUGAAACCGUGUUCAAUGACUAAUGCAUCAUCGAAGUGACGUUUCUUGUACGUGCGCUACUUUCGUUAUAUUGGAGAUUCUUGAAUGGUUGUAUCUGUGACUCCCUUUUUCCUCUCUCUCUCUCUCUCUCUCUCUCUCUCUCUCUCUCUCUCUCUCUCUUCGUCUCUGUCUCUGUUCUUUUCGGUUUCUAUUUUUCUUUUUAUCUUUUUCACGAUGUUCGCGCGACGUGGUUCUUCUACGUGUUAUUUAAAAAUAAAUUGUCGAGAUUUUACGAGCGUAUGUAGGUACCUAUAAUAAAAAAUGGCGAAAUUUUUCUAGAGA